AUGGUCCAGAGAAGAAAGCAGAACGCACCGAGAAAACGUAGCGGCUGUGCUGCGUGCAAGAGAGCCCAUGUUCGGUGUCCCGAAGAGCGUCCUGCAUGCGCCAGAUGCAGCAGGCUAGGACAUGAAUGCCUCUACGAGACCAAAUUGCUCUGGGAAGACGAUGCUGCGCAACGCAACAUAGCUCAUGGCCGAGCGAAGGAGACUGUCUGGAGCCACAAGACUGUAGCAGCCGAGAACAACACGGGGUCCAGCACUACCUAUCAAUACCAGUUCCUGAACACCACAGUCGCGGACUUUCAGUCAGACCCACUCAGCAAUUCACCAGAAUCCGAGCACGAAGAGGAAGAGGAUGAUAUUGAGGAAGUCACGCGACAGGCAACCUGGUCCUGCAUUCCGGUGCCACCGCAUUCACCUUACCACGGCAGCGAUGCUUUCCUGUUGGACUACUACAUCAAUGAGCUCUCGCCGAAAUGCUCGCUGAGCAGUUCGAACAAUCCCUAUCUGUAUACACUCCUGCCCGUUGCAGCAGAAUUUGCACCUUUGAGACAUGCUCUGCUUGCAGCUGCGGCAAACGAGUUGCGUCUGCAGCAGCAUAUCCAGUAUGAAAAGCCGUCGCUAAACCUUCGAGACGCUGCAAUCAAAGGCCUCCGCACACACCUGCAAUCUCAGAGAAUGGACUGGAAAAGCCUUGCGGUCAUGCUCAUGUUCUGUUUCUUCGACAUCUCCGAUGGUUGCGCCCCGUCAUGGAUGACGCAUCUCAGGAUGGGUUUGCGCAUGUUGCAAGCUCUACGCACCGAGACAAGCACUGAUCAUGGCCUGAAGGCCUUUUGCGAAAUCUAUUUCGUGGCCCACGACGUUAUGGGACAGACUGCCUGGGAUGACUCUACCCUGGCAGUCGACCAUGUCUGGCUCCUAGGCGACCUCCAGGAAAUCGAUGUGCUGAUGGGCUGCUCCCGGGCCCUCAUCUCGAUCAUACAGCGUAUCUCGUGCCUCAGUCGCUGGAUCAAUCAAGGCAUCAUUCCUGCAGAUGAGUCUCUUUACGAAUGGGCAACGAUGCUGGAUCAACUGCAAUGCCUUGAGCAGCACCCAGCCCACGGAAUCAAUGACGUGGAAGCCGUACUGGCCAUAGCAGAAGCAAAGCGGCUGGCGGCUUUGCUGUAUCUGGCGGAGAAGCUAAGUGCAGCAAUUACCGUGGACGCGUUGGACAUCGAUACAUCAGCCAUCGUGCAAACUCUUGUCAGUCUCCUUGCGGAAAUUCCAGCCCAAAAUGCCGCGACCUUGUGGCCACUGUUCAUCUUAGGCGUCUCACGAUUCACUUCCCAUGAGCAACAUCAGUUCGUUCUCAUGAGGCUGUUGUUGCUCGAGCAAUCGAGACCACUUGGCAGUAUCUGCCAUGCGCGUCGUCUGGUCGAAGCUGUGGCCGGGGGAUUGACGCUGGACAACGACGAUGGUCCCAUCACGAGGUCGUGUAUUAGUCUAGCCUGA